UUAAUGAUUAUUUUCAUUUCCUUUAAAAACAUGGCGAAUGACGACUUAUAUCUAACUAUUAGCAGGGCCCUAAGCUAUUCUGUCAUUGUGUUGAGUCUGUUAGCUAAACUACCUCAAGUAUGGAGGACUUAUUCUGCUAAGAGUAGCCGUGGAAUGAGCACUAGAGGUCAAUGGCUCGAGCUAAUAGCGUAUCAAAUUGGUAUUUCUUAUGCUUAUUAUUAUGGAUAUCACAUCACUACAUAUCUUGAUGUUAUAGUCUGUGCCACACAGUCUUCUCUAAUAUUAAUAAUGAUCCUGUACUACAAUAAUCAAUUUAAUUUUGAGAAUAUACUUCUUAUAGCACUAUUUUUUUUAUUUAUUAUUUUAUCUCUGUUGCUUCUCAUUCCUCCAUCCCUCCUAUACAUUUUUGUGUUGAGUGGUAUACCAGUCAGUGCUGGGAGCAAGUUACUUCAAAUCUAUUCUCUUUAUAAAAGCAAGAAUUCUGCUGAUGUAAGCACUGCUACCUGGACUAUUGUUACAUACUGCUGCAUGGCUAGAGUUUAUUCUCUUUCAAUUGAAAUCAGUGGAGAAUAUGCUAUUAUUUACAAUUAUGCUAUAUCUGCCUUACUUAACUCAAUCAUUGUCUUCCAAUGCUUUCUUUACAGUCAAAAGAAAACUAAACAAUUUUAGACCCAA